CUUUCAUUUUCUUUUUUCACCUUUUAAAGCAAAACUAAGAAAUAUUUGAAAAUGGGAAAUUCUCAAUCCGGUAUGCCAAGAGGCAACGAUAAGAAAGACAAGGAUAAAGAUAAGAAGAAGAAGUGGGAACCUCCUGUACCCACUCGUGUCGGUAAGAAGAAGAAGAGAGGACCCGAUACAACUGCCAAGUUACCUCAAGUCUACCCCACCACACGUUGUCGUCUCAAGAUGCUCAAGAUGGAGCGUAUUAAGGAUUACUUGUUACUUGAAGAAGAAUUCGUACAGAACCAAGAAAGACUUAAGCCUCAAGAGGAAAGAGAUCAAGAAGAGAGAACUAGAGUGGAUGACCUUCGUGGUUCUCCCAUGACAGUUGGUUCAUUAGAAGAAAUCAUUGACGAUGAUCACGUUAUUGUUUCUUCAGCUACUGGACCAGAAUACUACGUCUCUGUAAUGAGUUUUGUUGAUAAAGACUUGUUAGAACCUGGCUGUAGUGUGUUAUUACAUCACAAGACAAUGUCUGUUGUUGGUGUUCUCGGUGACGAUACAGAUCCUAUGGUGAGUGUCAUGAAGUUAGAAAAGGCUCCUACUGAGUCUUAUGCUGACAUUGGUGGUUUGGAAAAACAAGUACAAGAAAUUAAAGAAGCUGUCGAAUUGCCUCUUACACAUCCUGAACUUUAUGAGGAGAUGGGUAUUAAACCACCAAAGGGUGUUAUUCUCUAUGGUAUUCCAGGUACCGGUAAAACCCUUUUAGCAAAGGCUGUUGCCAAUCAAACAAGUGCUACUUUCUUGCGUAUUGUUGGUUCCGAAUUGAUUCAAAAAUAUUUGGGUGAUGGUCCUAAACUUGUUCGUGAAUUAUUCCGUGUUGCUGAAGAAAAUGCCCCCUCUAUUGUUUUCAUUGAUGAAAUUGAUGCUAUCGGUACAAAACGUUAUGAUUCCACCUCUGGUGGUGAACGUGAAAUCCAACGUACCAUGUUGGAAUUAUUGAAUCAAUUGGAUGGUUUCGAUUCAAGAGGCGAUGUUAAGGUCAUUAUGGCUACCAAUAAAAUCGAUAGUUUGGAUCCUGCAUUGAUUCGUCCUGGUCGUAUUGAUCGUAAGAUCGAAUUCCCUCUUCCCGACGUCAAGACUAAGCGUAGAAUCUUUAAUAUCCACACCUCAAGGAUGACAUUAUCUGACGAUGUCGAUUUAGAAGAAUUUGUCAUGUCAAAGGAUGAUUUAUCGGGUGCUGAUAUCAAGGCUAUUUGUACAGAGUCAGGUUUGAUGGCAUUGCGUGAACGUCGUAUGAAGGUUGUUGCAGAUGAUUUCCGUAAGGCUAGAGAGAAGGUCUUGUAUAGAAAGAGUGAAGGAACCCCUGAAGGUCUUUAUCUUUAAAUAUACUAUAAUAAAAACUAUUACUUUUUUUUUCACAU